AGAGAGUGGGGAAGAAAUCUGAUGUGCAGUGGGCAUCAGGGAGCUCAAGCAAAAUCAUUUUCAGGGAACUUUCUGGAAAAGUGCUGGCUGAGAGAUGACAGCUUCCAGAACCUUCUUCAGACUUCGACUUCACUGUCUCCAUAAUGUUCUCCACCGCAAAAUUAAAACCCUCCUCUUGGCUCUGCUGUCCUUGUCUUUUUUUCUUCACACCUUUGUAAUGCUCUCCCCUCUUAUGAAACCUCUGGAGAGGUCAGACUGCCCUGAAAGAAACACACUCUUACCAGCGCAGGUGCAAUCGGAUCCAACAGGCAGAAGGGUUCAGGUCUCUCCACACCUCAGAGUGCUACAGGACUUCAGUGGCUCAUCAAACAAGUCUUCUAUAGAUGCAUCCAACACAAAGCAGGAUAUUUCCAAAGCUGGCAGCAGACAAAGUCAACUCACAGUAUCAAAAAUGGCAGCCCUGUUCAGGCAUCCACUCUACAACACAGCCCUAUCAGAACUGACAGACGACGACUGGCUUCUGCGUUUAAAAUCUGGUGCCAUGUUCAACGAAAAAGACAGCAACAGCCAGGAAUGGGUGAGUGAUGAGCACGGUUUCGACCUGAUCAAGUGGAAUAGGAGCGUCGAAUCUCAUCCUCCCUGGCUACGAUUCCACCUGGGCAUCAACCGCUACGAGCUGUACUCCCGCCACGACUCCAAUGUGGACAUCUUGUUAAAGCAACUGGUGACUCACAAAAUCGUGAGUGCAGUUCAGAAGCCCGGUGGCACUCAACUCAAGCUGGUCAUGUCCUUUCCAAACUAUGGCCAGGCCCUCUUCAAACCAAUGAAGCAGACCCGGGACCAAGAAACUCCAGCAGACUUCUUUUACUUCUCUGACUUUGAGAGGCACAAUUCUGAGAUUGCAGCCUUCCAUUUAGACAGAAUUUUAGAUUUCCGGAGGAUACCCCCUACAGUUGGACGCCUGAUUAAUAUUACUUCUGAAAUUUGGGACAUCACCAGUGACCGCAAACUGGCCCGCACCUUUUACAUCUCACCAGCCAACAACGUGUGCUUCUACGGCGAGUGCUCGUACUACUGCUCCACCGAACACGCCAUUUGUGGCCGUCCCCACUUGUUGGAGGCGUCUCUUGCGGCGUUCCUGCCCGACCUGUCCCUCGCCAAACGAAGGAGCUGGAGGAGUCCCUGGAGGCGAUCGUACAACAAGCACAAGAAGGCCGAGUGGGAGACAAAUCCAGAUUAUUGUGCAACUGUCAAAAAUACACCCCCCUACAACAAGGGCACAAGGCUUGUGGACCUGAUUGACUUAACCAUUUUGGACUUCCUCAUGGGUAACUUAGACCGACAUCAUUAUGAGACGUUUGAACGAUUUGGAAAUGAAACAUUUCUUAUCCAUUUGGAUAAUGGCAGAGGGUUUGGUCGGUACUCCCAUGAUGAGCUUUCCAUAUUGGCUCCGCUACAGCAAUGCUGCAGAAUCAAGCGAUCCACCUACCAUCGCCUGCGUCUGCUGUCCCAGGAGGAGUACCGGCUGAGUGAUGUGCUUCGUGAGUCCCUGUCCAGGGACCCCCUGACACCUGUGCUGUCAGAGCCCCAUCUCUUAGCCCUGGACAGGAGGCUGAAGAUCAUCUUGCAGACAAUCAGCAAUUGUAUGAAGGCCCAUUCCCGGGGUGUUGUGUACGAUGACCUGACACCACCGCACAGGAGUGGACACUGACACAGCCCCUGUGAAAACUGAGAGCUGAAAUGUGGGCUGUAGGUCAAGCAUCAGCCGUCGUGUGAAUUAAUUGAGAUGCCUCAACAAAUGGUUAUGUUGCAAACAAAAACAUUGUAGACAUAAAAAUGUUCAGCUUUUCCUUUUCUAGAAA